AUAACUAUGAAUGAAACAGCAACGGCAUCAAAUCUCAGUUGUGCUUUCUGUGGUGGUGCUGAAAGUGUUUUAGUCCCAUCCAGGCUAGCUCUUCAAGCAUUCUCAGCACCUGUUUAGCCAGAUGUACUGCUGACAGUCAUCAGCCAGGGGGGCUAGUUUGCUAAUCUUAUUGGGAAUGAGAGUAAACAAUGUCUAUGAUGUGGAUAAUAAGACCUAUCUUAUUCGCCUUCAAAAGCCAGACUGUAAAGCUACACUUCUAAUUGAAUCUGGUAUACGGAUUCACACAACAGAGUUUGAGUGGCCAAAGAAUAUGAUGCCAUCUGGAUUUGCCAUGAAGUGUCGUAAGCAUUUAAGGAGUAGAAGACUUGUCAGUGUAAAACAGCUGGGGAUAGACAGAAUUGUAGACUUUCAAUUUGGAAGUGAUGAAGCAGCCUAUCAUCUCAUUGUUGAGCUUUACGACAGAGGAAACAUUGUUCUGACAGACUAUGAAUACUUAAUUUUAAACAUCCUGAGGUUUCGCACAGAUGAGGCAGAUGAUGUCAAAUUUGCAGUUCGGGAACGGUACCCAGUUGAUAACGCUAAAGCAUCUGCACCAUUACCUACCUUGGAAAGGUUGACUGAAACAAUAUCAAAUGCACCUAACGGGGAACUGCUAAAGAGGGUCCUUAACCCACAUCUUCCUUAUGGAGCCACACUCAUUGAGCACUGCCUUAUAGAAGCUGGAUUGUCUGGUAAUGCCAAAGUAGAUCAACAGAUGGGAAGCAAAGAAAAUAUUGAAAGGGUACUUGCUGCUUUACAGAAGGCAGAAGAAUAUAUGAAGAUAACUAACAACUUUAGUGGAAAGGGUUAUAUCCUCCAGAAACGGGAGAAAAAGCCAAGCCUGGAGCCAGAUAAACCUGCAGAAGAAAUCCUCACAUAUGAGGAAUUUCAUCCUUUCUUGUUUUCUCAACAUCUAAAGUGUCCGUACAUGGAAUUCGAAACAUUUGAUAAGGCCGUGGAUGAAUUUUACUCCAAGCUAGAAGGUCAGAAGAUUGAUUUGAAAGCUUUGCAACAGGAAAAACAAGCACUGAAGAAGCUGGAAAAUGUUCGUAAAGAUCAUGAGCAUAGACUAGAAUCUCUUCAUCAAGCUCAGGAAAUUGAUAAGGUAAAAGGAGAACUCGUAGAAAUGAACCUGGACGUAGUUGACCGAGCUAUCCAGGUGGUCCGCAGUGCCUUAGCCAACCAGAUAGACUGGACUGAAAUUGGAGCAAUUGUAAAAGAAGCUCAGGCUCAGGGAGACCCUGUUGCGAGUGCAAUCAAAGAAUUAAAGCUUCAGACAAAUCAUAUCACAAUGCUACUAAAAAACCCGUAUGUAUUAUCGGAGGAGGAGGAGGAAGAAGAAGAUGACGAAGCUGAUCAUUGGAAAGAAGUUGAAGAACCAAAAGGGAAGAAGAAAAAGCAUAAAAAUAAACAGCUGAAGAAACCUCAGAAAAACAAGCCAUUGUUGGUUGAUGUUGAUCUCAGUUUGUCUGCAUAUGCCAAUGCUAAAAAAUAUUAUGAUCAUAAGAGACACGCAGCCAAAAAAACACAGAAGACAGUAGAAGCUGCAGAGAAGGCAUUCAAAUCAGCAGAAAAGAAGACAAAGCAAACAUUGAAAGAAGUUCAAACAGUUACCACCAUUCAGAAAGCAAGAAAGGUUUAUUGGUUUGAGAAGUUCCUGUGGUUUAUUAGCUCUGAAAAUUACCUCAUUAUAGCUGGAAGAGAUCAACAGCAGAAUGAAAUGAUUGUGAAGCGAUAUUUGAAAUCAGGAGAUAUAUAUGUGCAUGCUGACCUACAUGGUGCAACUAGCUGUGUAAUCAAGAAUCCUACAGGUGAGCUGCUCCCUCCCCGGACCCUGACUGAGGCAGGCACCAUGGCAUUAUGUUACAGUGCUGCCUGGGAUGCUCGUGUCAUCACUAGUGCCUGGUGGGUCUAUCAUCACCAGGUGUCUAAAACAGCACCAACUGGAGAAUAUCUGACUACAGGGAGCUUCAUGAUAAGAGGGAAAAAAAACUUUCUUCCACCUUCAUAUCUUAUGAUGGGGUUUAGCUUCUUAUUUAAGGUGGAAGAAUCUUGUGUUUGGAGACACAGAGACGAACGAAAGAUCAAAGUGCAGGAUGAGGAUAUGGAGUCUGUGACCAGUAGUACCAAUGAACUGGUGUCAGAAGAAGUGGAGCUACUAGAAGAAGCACCAGAAGGAGAUGAUAGCAGCACUGAUGAUGAGAAGGCACUGCCUCAAGAAAUGCCUGAUGGUAUUGAAGUCAGGUCUAACAGUAACCACGAGGAGGACGUUGCUCAUGCAGACAAGGAUGGAAUAAACAAGCUACCAGCACAAGAGGGAACCUCUGAAGACUAUGAUGUAGAAUCUGAAGAAGAGGCUGAAGGUCAGGAGCUGAUGAGUGAAGUAAAGGAGGAGGAGAUAAAUUAUCCAGACACUGCAAUUGACCUGUCACAUCUUCAGCCACAAAGUCUUCACAGAUCCCACCAGAAAAUGGUUACAAAAGAGGAAGCAUCUAACCUGAGUGACAGUAAGUCACAUGGGAGAAGACACUUAUCAGCCAAGGAGAGAAGGGAAAUGAAGAAAAAGAAGCAGCAACAUGACAUAGAGGAUUUAGAACCAGCUGAAGGAAAGGAAAGAGAGACCAGCACACAGCUCCCAUCUUCUCCUGUUUCAAACAAGAGCAUGUCAGCCCCUCUGCCCAUGAAACGAGGGCAGAAGAGUAAAAUGAAAAAAAUGAAAGAGAAGUACAAGGACCAGGAUGAAGAAGACAGAGAGCUCAUAAUGAAGCUAUUGGGUUCUGCAGGGUCAAGCAAAGAAGAAAAAGUGAAGAAAGGUAAAAAAGGAAAAAUAAAAGAAUCAGUAAAGAAACAAGCCCAGAAACCAAACAGAGGCCAUCAGGUUGAUGCAGGUCGUAAAGAAGAAACCCCCACGGUAGAAGUAUUAACACAUGAGUUACAGGACAUGACUCUGGAAGAUCAGCAGGAGGAGAAGGAGGAACAGGAUCAAGACCAACAGGAAAAUGAGGAAGGAGAGAGACUGCUAAAUUCUUUGACAGGCCAGCCUCACUCGGAGGAUAUCCUCCUCUUUGCUAUACCAAUAUGUGCACCUUACACUACCAUGACAAACUAUAAAUACAAAGUGAAGCUCACUCCAGGCACCCAGAAGAAAGGAAAAGCUGCCAAGACUGCUUUGCAUAAUUUCAUGCAUUACAAAGAAGCUACCACAAGAGAAAAAGAUUUAUUUCGCAGUGUAAAGGAUACUGAUUUAUCAAGAAAUAUUCCUGGUAAAGUGAAAGUGUCUGCACCUAAGCUCCUGAACAUGAAAAAGAAGUGAGUGUUGAUCGUAAAUCAUGAAUAUGUGUUUGAACUGCUACUCCUGCUUCAGAAGAGGAUAGACACAAACCUGCCAUCUGGACCUCUUCCAAUUUUGCUAAUAAAGUAAAAUAGCUAUAAUCAGUUGGACUAAAUUUAAGAGGCAGAGGUGAACUGUUUCCUGCAUCUGACCCUGGCCUACAUCUAUUUGUAUGGACUUUAAAUUACAUGUAGCAUGUGACUCCUCUGAAGUGCACAAGUAAAGUACUACUGGCCUUAGCUGUCAAAGGCAAGACUGAUUUUGGACUGAUCCUCUUUCUAAUGCUGUGAGGACUGGCCCAGACCCAGUCCAUUCUCUCCUUACUGCCUGCUCUAGCUCAUGCUGCAGCAAAAGUCCUGCUGCUUGUUCUUUUCAGCUCUCCUUGGGCAAAGGCCAGGAUUUAAACAUAUUACCCUGGUUGGAGCCCUCUUUCUAGUCAGAACAUCUACUCCCAUGUUUAGGAAUGAAGAUAGAUUGAUAAUGUUUACCAAAAGCCUGUACAGUCAUAGGGUAAGAAAAACCCUGCAAGGACAAAAAUCCAAGUCUUGCUUCUGACUAGUCAGCUGCAGUCACUUACUGGCAGUGGAGCACCACCAUGCCACAUUAUGAAUGAAUGGGGAAUAGUAUAAUACUUUGUCCAUAUUGGGGGGAUUUUAUAUGUACUAUACCUCUGAGCAGACAAAAAAACAGAGUACAGCUCAAAUAAAAUGCACCACUACUGUUCACCCUAAUGGAGAGCAUAUAAGACAGCUAAUUAAAUUAUAGUCAGAAUAUUCAGUUUAUUAUAAAAAGAAAUGAGACAAUAAGGGGAGUGCUGAAGUCACAUUGUUCCAAUAUUUAAAUCACAAGCCAUUUAUUAGUUUCUCAACCCCUCCACUGUAUCAGUGGUGGCCUAUGCCUUCUGGGAGACAAUGAGCACAGUUAAGGCAGAGCCAGAAGGGCCUUAGUGCUGGUUGCUGCUCACAUACAAUCUACUUUCAGUAGUUUUAAAACUAGUGAAGCUGAACAGAGCCUGGCAGCUGUUAGUCAUCAGCUUCACAGCAUGCAUGAAGCUCUGGAUCUAGAAGCUGCUGAAGGAAACAGCACAUUAAUAAUCAAGUCAUUCCUGGGAAACUGGCAGUUUGUACUUUUGGCUACUCCUAGACAUGCAUGGUCCAGUUUGACUAAAGCAUUUUCACAAUUAAGACAGAAUACAUCUACUCACACUUACAGCUCUUAAAUAACCCCACAACAUGACACUUAGUCACCAUCCCUCUGUUUGUUUUUAAACAACUCAAACUAGACCUUAAAUUGGUGAGCUAAUCCCUGGACUAAAUUAGAAUAGCAGUUUCUCUAACCUUAAACUCAUGUGGCCAAACAUGUUAGGAAUCUGUUUUAUUCCUAUCAGUGAGAUGCUAAUACAGACUAAAACUACUUUAUCAUGUUGAAUAAUGCUAGAGUGUCAUUGUUCUUUAAUAUUAAUGGUGUCCCAAAGAACAUUAAUGCCUGAAAAUACUUCUAGCAUUUGCCAAACUUUAAGGCCCAGAAAUUCAGCAACAACCUACAAAUCCUCAAAGGGUAACUCCUUAAACAGCAUUUCCCUGCAUUGACACACUCUGAAGUAAUUUAGGUUAGAGUAGUUUUCCUAUCAUCACAUAAUGAAGUGAGUGGCAUUAAGUUGAACAAACCAUUACUGGUUUAACUUAGCUUAGGCACUGAUACAUUUCAACUUGCAUUAAAUACAUUUAUUGCAAACAUCUUUACACAAAAAUAGGUUCUCUCUAAGCCAUUCACAUGCAACUUACAACCAACAAGCUACUACCGCUGACAAUGCAGAUAUUUAUACAAGUUUCACGUCUGCCACAGGUGGUUGGUAAAAUUAUUACAUCUUUUAGAAUUGCUCAUCCACGCACACCUUCACAGAAGUAACUGACAGAAGUCUUAAGAGCCAGAUGUAUUGUUACUUCCAAACCGCUGAUUGACACUGUGAAGCAAGUGCUUUGGGAGGCAGGUCCAUGAGUUGGCUAAUAUCUCUUUGAAGCAAAUGACUGCUUCUAGGCACAGCCUUGGAAAAAGAAUGAAUAUUUCAGUUACUAUUAAGAACAUAAGUGAAAUAGCACCAAAGGUAAGAAUUCUGUUUCUUAAAGCUGUUUAGUUGACUUGUUCCCCCCAAAGUAUUAGCUGUUUUCACUGUCAGAGGAUUAUAAAGUCUUUACAUAAGAAUGGAAGCAGCAAGACUCCUUCCAUUACUGAAUGCUACUUCAGCUUUCCUUGGGGAAUGUUAUUAACUCCCAAGUAUGCCUAGGAACCAUGAUUUGGUACUAAAGUCUAUGUAGUCAAAGUACAAGGUAUUAGUAAAUGAGAAGGGAAGAACAAAGGUGUUAGAUUCAAAAGUGUAUUUUUUUUUUUUUUU